AUGUAUUGGUUAUGGCUGAACCGCAUUCAUGGGGAACAGAUUCAACAAAUAUUGCAGGCCCGAGAUCAGGGGAGCACCCUCAGACGUUCUACACCUAGCACGCAACCGGUCUACAAGCAGUUUCGGGAGCUUGGACCGACGGAGUUUAAAGGCACCACAGACCCAAUUGGUGCAGAGGGAUGGAUUCGGUCUCUAGAAAUGAUAUUUGACUUCAUGCAGCUCACAGAUGCGAACAAGGUCAAGUGUGCGAUAUUCAUGCUCCGGGAUGAUGCUCGAGUAUGGUGGGAGGGUGUGCGGCUGACCGUAGAUCUGGCUACUUUGACUUGGACUGAUUUUAAGGAGGUAUUCUAUGGAAAGUAUUUCACAUUUGACAACAGGACACGACUGGCACGGGAAUUCUUGGAGCUUCACCAGGGAGAUUUGACAGUGGCGGAGUAUGUCAAGAGGUUCGAGAGAGGACGCUAUUUCGUACCUAUGAUUACCAGCCAACUAGUCGAGGAACUGAAGCACUUCACAGAAUGGUUGAGGCUGGCUAUUCGCCAUGAUGUCAGGCUGAGUCGGGUCACCACAUUCAGAGAGGGACAGGAUCAGCAGGAACCGGGAAAGAAGAAGACAGUUCCUGGUCAGAAUCCAGGAAAGCAGUCGUUUAAGCAGCCACAGCCACGACAGCAAAUUCAGAAGACACAAGCAGCUAAAGGCACUAAUUUCAGGGCUGAAAACAAGGUUCGCUGUUCCAAGUGUGAGAAGAUUCACACUGGGUAG